AUGGAGUAUGCCCCUUUUCUUCGGGGUGAUGAGGAUGACAUUCCGUGGGACGAUGUUGUGCCGCCCACUCAGGAUGACUUCAUCGGGACGCAGCUUCCUACGUCCGAAGAACAGAACUAGUUGCCAGCGGCAUGUGGUCGUGGAAGCAGUUACACGAUCCAGGAGGACCUUCUGCUAGUCAAGUCAUGGCUUAACGUGAGUAUGGAUCCCGUGGUGGGGACGAACCAGAGUAUGGGGGCUUUCUGGCAGAGGAUCGAGACAUUUUACCACGAGCACAAGGAGUUCCCUACCACUCGGAACAAGAAGUCUCUUCAGGGUAGGUGGACCUUCGUCAACGGCAUGGUGCAGCGAUUCUGCGGCCACUAUGCUAAAGCCCUUCGUACUAGGAGGAGUGGGAUGACGGAGGCCGACACGAUUGCAGCUGCAUGUCAGAUGUUCCAGGCAGCGGAGAAAAGGGAGUUCACACUGAUGCCAUGCUGGGCCGAGUUACGCCACCAUCCUAAAUGGCAAUCAGAGUCUUCUCGCAAGAAGCAGAGGACUGCGGCAUCAACACAGGAGGGAGAGACCUCCCCCGGCUGCAUCGAUGGUGACGAUGCGACGCCCACGCAUACCAGCGGGAGCAGCCGGCAGAAGCGGCCAGGAGGUCGAAACAAGGCAAGGGACCUCGCUCGCGGUUCGGCUUCAUCAACAUCGGUCACAAAACCAGUGCUUGAGAUGUUCGACAGGCAACUUGCGGUGAAAGAGAAACUUGAGAAGGAACGCGCCGAUCGCUUUGCAGAGCUGUUGAGAAUUGAGGAGCACAGGUUGCGCCUGGAGGAGGAGCGUGUCCAACUGGAAAAGGUCAAGGAGGAGAGGCAAAAAAUCAGGGAGGAGAGGGAGAUCAUGAGCAUGGACAUUUCGCAAAUGGACGAGGACCAGCAGGCAUAUUAAGAGAGCCUUCGCCGAAGCAUCAUCGCAGC